AUGACCAAGGUUCUUCUUACUGCCCACAUCCUCGACCAGCUCCUGAGCAAGGGCCACACGGUCAUCACAACCGUCCGGUCUGAGCAAAAGGCGAAGCCCAUACGCGACGCCUACAAAGACAAGGGCAGCCAGCUGGAAGUCGUCGUAGUCGGCGACAUCGCAAAGGACGGCGCGUUUGACGAAGUAGUCAAGAAGCCGGGUCUCGAGGUGGUUUUGCACACGGCCAGCCCGUUCCACUUCAAAUGGAAGGUCCAACACGCCGUAGCCGACGCCCAAAAGGAACUGAUUGACCCAGCCGUGAUCGGCACAACCGGCAUCCUCAAAGCCAUCAAGAGGUCCGCGCCGACCGUCAAGCGCGUCGUCGUCACGUCCUCGUUCGCCGCCGUCCUGGACGAGAAGCGCCUCUCUGACGCAUCUCACACCUUCACCGAAGAGUCCUGGAACCCAGUCGGGACGCAAGACCUUCACUCGUCCCCGGCCACGGCGUACCGCCUCUCCAAAACGCUGGCCGAGAAGGCGGCGUGGGACUUUGUCGCCCGCGAGAAGCCCGGCUUCGACCUGGCCACCAUUUGCCCGCCGUUGGUGUUUGGCCCCGUCGCGCACCACCUGGCCUCCCUCGAGAGCAUCAACACGUCCAACGAGCGUGCCGUGGCCCUCGUCGGCGGCGGCUGGAACGACGGGAUUCCCGCGACGGGCCCCGUCACCGUCUGGGUCGACGUGCGGGACACGGCGCUGGCGCACAUCCGCGCCAUGGAGAGGCCCGAGGCCGGCGGGAGGCGCCACCUGGCCAUUGGGGGCAGGUUCAGGAACCGUGACAUUGCCGAGAUUGCGUGGGCCGCGUUUCCCGAGCUGGGGGAUAAACUGCCCAAGAAGGACGUGGAGGGCGGAGGGGCGCCGCCCGCCAGCGAGAAUUUCAAGUACAACAACGACGCGACCACCAACGUCUUGGGCAUGAAAUGGACCAGCCUGGAGUCGAGCAUCACCGACCUGAUACGGUCGCUCAAGGAACACGGCAUCUAA